UUUGCGGGAUUCACCGAAACAUUGUUUUGUGAUAACAAAAAUUAAAUUAAUGCUGGGUACCGAGUAAAAAUGAUAAACGAUCGAUAAAAUAUUGAUUAGAGGGUAGACAGUGCGUGCUUUGUGUGUUCUAUCGUAACGCGAAAUGGCGUUCGUUCUCAGAUAAAGCGGAAACUUCGGGCCUUACGCACAGUGCUUGUCUAAAGUUACAAUAUUUCAUUGAAAGCAGAUAGUUAAAGUUCUCAGUGAAAAAUGGAUGAAUCCGAGACGAAGACUUGCACAAAUUGUAAGCGCGAGAUCCCAGCAGUGAACUACACCAUCCACACGGUUCACUGUGCACGUAAUAUCAAGAUCUGCCCGGUGUGCAAGGAGCCGGUACCGCAAGCAGAGCUGCAGCAGCAUCAUGAGAAAAUGCACAAAUUGUUGCCCUGCAAGAAGUGUGGCGAAAGCGUCUGCGGAACAGACCUGGAGGACCACAUCAGGGAUUCCUGUGCGCACACCAUCAAGUCUUGCAGAUUUUGCGAGCUGGAACUUCCCCGGCGGGAAUUACCAGCGCACGAGGGCUACUGCGGGGCUCGCACGGAGCAAUGCCCCGACUGCCGCGAGUGGGUCAUGAUCAAGUACCGCCAGCUGCAUAGAGACUCCAACCACGGCUUCCUGCGCCUCGACGACGACCCAGUGCCCGUCCCUACUGAGCCGGCCAAGCUGCCUCGCGUCCCGAGGCUGAGCCCGCCGGCGGCUACUAAUGGAGCCUCCACCAGCGCGGCUGCUAGCGGCACCAAUGGAGUCCUCAAGAACAUCAACGUGACUCAAGAGAGGCCUAGGACGGAGAACAGCCGGCCCCGCCCAGGGACCAGUAGCAGCUCGGAGCCCGUAGCGGGUGGGUCGCGUGCCCCCGACGCGAGGCUGCCGCUCAAGAGGACCAACGACCAGCCGCAGAUCAACACCAACGUGUCUGACGCUGAGAAGGUCAAGAAGGAGCUGGGCAUGUCCCGGGGCGCCGUGAAGAAGCGUCAAGCGCCGCAGCCACCGGCGCCGGAGCCGCGCCGCGACCGCGCCUACUACAGCGCCAUGCGGCGCCAGCAGGACGAGGAGCGCGCGCGCCGCGAGCAGAGCGCCGUCAACGCGGCGCAAGGUCUUCCUCCAGUCCUGAGUCCGGCCGCGAAGCUGGAGCGUCUCCGCAGGAUGGAUGCCCUGGCCGCCGGCAUGAGCUCCCAGGAGCCCCGCCAACGCGCUUAUCCCUCAUUGUGCCCGCGGGACCACAAUUUCAGCAACAUGACGCCUAUGAGCGCCGACGAGUUCCUGCAGAGGGUCUCAUCGCUCAAUCUUGAACCGAUACCCGAACCACCGGCGGCGGCUCCAGACUUGAUAGCGGAAGGCAACCACUGGCAACCGCGACCACCAGCCAGGCUCAGAGGCAGCGGGGACCGAAGCUGGGGUAGUAACGGGGACCGAAGCUCCGGAAGCAACGGGGACCGAAGCAACGGGGACCGGAGCUCGGGAAGCAACGGGGACCGAAGCACCCGAAGCAACGGGGACCGUAGCAUGCGAAGCAAUGGGGACCGAAACUUGCGAAGCAAUGGGGACCGGAGCUCUCGAAAUAACGGGGACUUGGGAAACAAUGAGAAUGACGCGAGGGUAGGCGACCGUUUCAACGAAAUCAAGUUUUCCCUUAUGGCGCUGCGACGAGGGCUCAAUGAGGUGACUGCUCCUUACAAUGCCAACGUUUGGAAUGAAGAAGAAUUGAACAACCGGCGGCGCUCGUCUUCCUCGAGCGCGGACUCGAACUCCAACUCCAACGAGGAGGCGGUCCGCCUGCCCUGCGAGUUCUGCGCGCGUCCUGUACCGCUCGAAGACUUGGUCGUCCAUCAGACGGGCUGCCGCCCCGACUUAGCUCAGCUCAAACCCCGCUCACAAGGACCCACGUGAGCCGCUGCGUGAGCGCAACCCUCGUCGGAGCCACCCGCCUCCCUGCCGCCGCAUCCCGACGACUUACCCGUCAUCCCGUGCGAGUUCUGCACCGAGUCGCUGCCCGUGUACCUCAUCAGCGAGCACCAGGAACGAUGCCAGCGAGAGGGUCCCCUCCUGUACCCGGAUUGAACCCGCUUCGAACGUAGACUACCACUACAGACCACCACUACACCGACGGUCUUCUACUACUCUGCUCUCUACGACCACUGACUGCGUACGUAGUUUUUAAUAUAUUCUGUAGUUUACUAAAGCCUGGUCCGUGAGCACGUAGAAUUUUGUCCAAUGACCCCAAGCU